UCAUAAAGGCUGUCAAACUUCAUGCUGGAUAAUUUCUCAUUCUCUUCGUAGCUUAUAUAAAGUUGCUAACAGAAGAUAAGCUCCAAGAAAACACUGGAAUUCAUGAGAUAAUUUGUUGGUGGAGGUGUUCUUUUUGCACUUGAGGGCUCUAAGGAGGAAGAAGCAUAUGCAAUUGAUAGCUAAUACUAGUUAGCAAUGGAGAAAAAAAUAGCCAUCAUUGGAGCUGGUAUUAGUGGUCUUCUUGCCUGUAAGUACGUUCUGUCAAAAGGUUUCCAUCCCAUUGUUUUUGAGGCGAGAAGUAGCAUUGGAGGAGUAUGGAUAAAAACUGUUGAGACAACAAAAAUACAAACGCCUAAACCAGCAUAUCAGUUCUCAGAUUUUCCGUGGCCCUCUUCGGUCACUGUAGACUUCCCUAGCCAACAUCAAGUCCUUGAUUAUAUUCAAUCUUAUGCACAUCAUUUUGACUUGCUUAAGCACAUCAAAUUCAAUACCAAGGUUGUUGGCAUUGAAUAUGAAGGUGCUUCCGAUGAAGAGAUUGGGUCUUGGAGUUCAUGGAAUGGCAGUGGUACGCCCUUUAGCUCACAAGGGAAAUGGAAGGAUGUAGCAGAGGACAUACAAAGCCAUUCAACUGAGGUUUACCAAGUGGACUUUGUAAUUCUCUGCUUGGGGCGAUUCAGUGAUGUUCCAAACAUGCCAGAAUUCCCUCCAAACAAGGGUCCAGAAGCAUUUCAUGGCAAGGUGAUACACUCUAUGGAAUACGUUGCCAUGGAUUACAAAAGUGCUGCUGAGUUUUUGAAAGGGAAGCGAGUUACCGUGGUUGGAUUCCAAAAAAAUGCAUUGGACAUUGCAAUGGAAUGCAGUACAGCAAAUGGGUUGGAAUUUCCAUGUACGGUUAUGUACAAGACUGAACACUGGAAUGUCCCUGAUUACCUUCCCUGGGGAGUCCCUUUGGCAUACUUUUACCUGAACAGGUUUUCAGAGCUUUUGGUUCAUAAGCCUGGAGAAGGAAUUCUACUGAGCCUCUUGGCAACAUUGUUUUCACCACUGAGAUGGGCAUUUUCAAAAUUUGUAGAAAGCCAUAUUAAGCACAAGCUUCGAUUAGCAAAGUACGGAACGGUUCCCAAACACAGUUUCCUUAAGGAACUGAAUUCAUGUUUGAUCGCAACGGUGCCUGAAAAGUUCUAUGACAAAGUUGAUGAGGGCAGCAUCAUUUUGAAGAAAUCUCCAAGUUUCAGCUUUUGUGAAGAAGGCAUCUUGGUUAAUGGAGAGACCGAGCCUCUGAAGACUGAUUUGGUGAUAUUGGCUACAGGAUUCAGGGGUGAAAAAAAGCUCAAAGACAUUUUUGUCUCCCAAACCUUUCAAGACCACAUUUUAGGCUCGCCAAAGGAAGCAGUUCCACUCUACAGGGAAAUCAUUCAUCCCCGAAUUCCUCAACUGGCAGUAGUUGGAUUCUCGGAAAGUGUUGCAAAUUUGUACACCUCAGAGGUGAGAUGCCAGUGGCUCGCAGAACUUCUCUAUGGAACUUUCAUAUUACCUAACAUAAAGGAGAUGGAAAAGGAUAUAAAGAAAUGGGAUGAAUUCAUGAAGCAAUCCUCUGGUGAAUACUACAGAAGAUCAUGCAUAGGUGGGCUUCAUAUAUGGUAUAAUGAUCAACUGUACAAGGACAUGGGAAGGAACCCCAAAAGGAAGAAAGGAUUUUUUGCUGAACUAUUUGAGCCUUAUGGACCAUCUGAUUACCUCCCUUCUUCAAGAAGCAAUUAAACUGAUGAAGUAAUGAUAUUUUGCUGGAAAUGCAUUAUUCAGAGGCUGGUUUUUUUAAAAUGUUUUUGGCGCCAAGGAAGACUGUUUUGCUGUGCUGAACAAAAUUGGUUAAGGGGCAGCUGGAUGAUUUGUUUUUGUGAUGUAAUUAGGUAGAUGGAGCCGGGAUUAUGGCAUUUUGUCUUUAAAUUAUAAUGUAUUAGUUUAACUUGUGUGGCUUAAUUUAAAUUCUGUAGAAGUGUCCCUGCAAGGGUGGUUGUAACAGUGGACUCUAAGCAAGUAUUUUGUAUAAGUUUGUUCCAUGUUGUUCAAUGAAAGAUAACCUUCUCUUCUCCGAA